AUGAAUCCAUAUAUAACAGACCCAGACCAUAUUCCUCCCUCUGACCUAUAUGCGAACUUGCCGCUUUACGGUCGGUAUUCUCCCAAACCGGACGACUUCUGCAUUGAUGUACAGCAUGUCAACUCCCAGUCCACAGCCUCAUUACAAUACUGGGCUUCAGUACUUAGUCUUUGCAACGAAUCCGUGAGGAUCUAUCCGGGUGAUGCCGCGGGCGGUCGUGACGUGUUCGCCGUUGGCAGCAUCAUCGUCAAAUCGAAUCAUCUCUAUACGCAAGAGAGCGCAGAGUAUGCGGAGAUUGGCUACUCGUAUUCCGAUGCUAAUGAAGUACAAGCUAUUGCUAUCGCGAAGAAGGUCCUAGAACACGUCAAAGUGCCCGAUAUUUACUUUAACGGCAAGAUCAACGGUCGCCAGGUAUCUGUCCAGGAAAGGCUUCCAGGUGUUUCAUUGACCGUUGCAUGGCCGUACCUGUCGCAAAGCCAAAAGGAGUCCUUCCAACAGCAAGCACGAGAUAUACUUCGACAGCUGCAGUCCAUCAAGCCCACAAAUAGAAGCCAAAUCCGCCCCCACGUCGUGCCUGAUCCCAACAUUCUCAUCAAUGGCCGUAUACAACCCCUAGAAGGUGAUAUUCUCUUCCCGAACACCAAAACCGACCCAGACAUGAGCUUCAUGCACAACGACUUUACCGAGUCCAAUUGUAUAGUUGAUGAUGACAAGAUCGUGGGGCUCGUUGAUUGGGAAAUGGCUGGGUUUUUUGGCUGGAAUACGGCUAGGGAGGUUCACCGUACGGCUAGACCGCAUGACAGUCCAAUUUGGAAAGACCUCUAUGAGCAAGAUGCUCUUACUUCUUGA